AUGGAGCACUCGAGGGCGGAGAAGAAGCCUAGGUUUCUCGGUAUCUUUGGUAUAAUCCGAGCAGCCGUACAAAUCCCUUUUAUCAAUCCAAGUUUCAUUGCCUUUACAUUCAUCACUUCCCUUCCUAUGUUUUGCAUAUUGAUACUACCAAAGUUGUCAUUCGUGCCAAGUGAAAUCAGAGACGCAUUUGUUCAACUAGAACAGCCUAAUUCCCACUCCAAUAUGCUCAUGUCUGUUCCCCUAGUUAACCUAUCUGCACUGACCACAUUCCUGGCUACCGUUACAGUCAUUGAUUGUGCUUCAACAAUAUACAAGGGCGGAGCUGGGAGGUCAAUAGGUCUCCGAGAUCUUCUGGGAAACUCCAUCAUCAGAAAAAGGUGGCACAGUUGUAUAUUUGCAUACAUUAUCAUGUCCUGGUUCUCAAAGCUGUCUUUGGAUGCUGUUCUCCUCUAUGGUAAGUCUGGUCCUUUCAGCUCAUUAAGAAAUGAAUGGGCGCCCCCUCUGCAUUUCCUCACUCUGCUUGGGAUCUCUUUCGUGCGCGACGAGUGUAGCGCAUGGUGGCAAUUGGCUCUUGUUGUUUCAGUUUUGGAGGAGGACAAGUUAUACUUCGAUGACCUUCUGGCCUCAUCAGAGUUGAGGAAAGGUAACAGAAUCAAAGGGUUUGCUCUGAUGCUUCUCUAUUUCGGUUGGCGUUGCUUGGUAAUGGAAUUGAAGAGGUGGAGGUUUACUAUGGGAGUUGCAUAUGAUUUUGUCGACAGUGGAUUGUUCUGUUUGGGAACAAUUAUGAAUUGGGUUGCUUGCACCGUAUAUUAUCAUGAUUGCAAGAAUCGUCAAAGCUGGGAGUUGGUUGCUGCCAAUGAAGAAUGA